CCCUGCUUCCCUCCCGCAGCGCCGGGAGAGCGAGCAGGCGGGCGGGGAGCCGCGGCCAUGGCGCUGCCGGUGCUGCCGGUGCUGCCGCCGCUCCUGCUGCUGCUGCUGGAGGCGGGCGGGCUGCGGGCGGCGGAGCGGAGCAGCAGCAGCAGCGCCAUGGAGGAGAUCGCCACGGAGAAGGAGGCGGAGGAGAGCCACCGGCAGGACAGCGUGAGCCUGCUCACCUUCAUCCUGCUGCUCACGCUCACCAUCCUCACCAUCUGGCUCUUCAAGCACCGCCGCGUCCGCUUCCUCCACGAGACCGGCCUSGCCAUGAUCUACGGUCUCAUCGUUGGGGUCAUCUUGAGGUACGGCACUCCUUCAACGAGCGGCCACGAUAAACCCUUCAGCUGCUCGCAGGAGACGCGGCCCUUCACCACCCUGCUGGUCAACGUGAGCGGCAAGUUCUUCGAGUACACCCUCAAAGGGGAGAUCAGCCCCGGCAAGAUCCACAACGUGGAGCAGAGCGACAUGCUGCGCAAGGUAACAUUUGAUCCAGAAGUUUUUUUCAACAUUCUGUUGCCUCCUAUUAUUUUUCAUGCCGGUUAUAGCCUGAAGAAGAGACACUUUUUCAGGAAUUUGGGCUCCAUUUUGGCUUAUGCCUUUUUAGGAACAGCAGUCUCUUGUUUCAUUAUUGGGAAUCUCAUGUAUGGUGUGGUGAAAUUAAUGAAGCUGGUGGGACAGCUGUCRGAUAAGUUCUACUAUACAGACUGCCUCCUUUUUGGAGCCAUAAUAUCUGCCACUGAUCCAGUUACCGUGCUGGCCAUAUUUAAUGAGCUGCAUGCUGAUGUCGAUCUCUAUGCCCUUCUGUUUGGGGAGAGUGUGUUGAAUGAUGCUGUUGCCAUUGUAUUAUCUUCAUCGAUAGUUGCCUACCAGCCAACAGGGGAAAACACACAUGCUUUUGAUGCAGCGGCAUUUUUCAAAUCAGUUGGUGUUUUCCUGGGAAUAUUCAGUGGCUCUUUCAUGAUGGGAGCAGUGACAGGAGUUGUGACAGCCCUAGUGACCAAGUUUACCAAGUUGCACUGCUUCCCCCUGCUGGAAACAGCCCUCUUCUUCCUCAUGUCCUGGAGCACUUUCUUGCUAGCAGAAGCUUGCGGAUUUACUGGUGUAGUAGCUGUCCUCUUCUGUGGAAUCACCCAGGCCCACUAUACAUACAAUAACUUGUCAGUUGAAUCAAGAAGUCGUACUAAACAGCUCUUUGAGGUACUGCACUUCCUGGCUGAGAACUUCAUAUUUUCAUAUAUGGGUCUGGCGCUGUUCACUUUCCAGAAACACAUAUUCAGCCCCGUUUUCAUUGUGGGAGCUUUUGUUGCAAUCUUUCUGGGCAGAGCUGCACACAUCUACCCUCUCUCCUUCUUACUGAAUCUGGGCAGAAGGCAUAAGAUCAGCUGGAGUUUUCAGCACAUGAUGAUGUUUUCAGGUCUCCGCGGAGCCAUGGCAUUUGCCCUGGCCAUCCGCGAUACUGCUACUUACUCRCAUCAGAUGAUGUUCUCGACGACUCUCCUUAUCGUCUUCUUCACCGUGUGGAUUGUGGGCGGAGGCACAACCCCCAUGCUCUCCUGGCUCAACAUCAGGGUCGGGGACCGCGUUGCAUCCGUGGAGGAGAUGAGUGAGAGCCGCUGGCUGUAUUUCAGAGUUGGAGUUGACCCAGAUCAGGAUCCUCCACCUACUAAUGACAGCUUUCAAGUCUUACAAGGAGAUGGCCCAGAUUCUGAAAGAAGGAACAGGACAAAGCAGGAAAGUGCUUGGCUCUUCAGGCUAUGGUACAGCUUUGACCAUAAUUAUUUAAAGCCAAUUCUCACUCACAGYGGCCCUCCGUUAACCACGACGCUGCCGAGCUGGUGUGGCCUGGUCGCUCGCUGCCUGACGAGUCCUCAGGUUUAUGAUAAUCAAGAACAACUUAGAGAAGAGGAUUCUGAUUUUAUUCUGAAUGAUGGUGACCUCACCGUGACAUACGGUGAUACCACAAUAACUGCUAAUGGUUCUUCUGGCCCCCAUACAGCUACCACCAGCCUUGAUGGCAGGAGAACAAAAAGUAGCUCAGAGGAAGCUCUGGAGCGAGAUUUGGGAGCAGCUGAUCAGGAAGUCGCGAGCAGGGGCACCCGGCUAGUGUUUCCUCUGGAGGACAACGCGUGACUCCGGACYCAGCAAACCCAGCUCUUGCUCUGCGGAUGGAUCAAGGAAGACUGCAGGCCACUGUGUCACUUGAGGUGGGGGUGUUUAUUUGAACAACACGUCUAAGUGCUUUUACUGUGGUCUGAAGACGUCAAACUUGACCUGUUUUCUUCACUCGAGAUGCUGACAGUGGGGUUUUCUAAAUGUCUUGAAAAGAGACAAAUUUGGAAAGCGGUCAUUCCCUUCUCGCAAACCACYUACUGAAUCGGAGUACACCUCGCAAGCGGCAAGCGUGCUGUGCAGCUGCAGCAGCCCUCUCAGGGGAGAGGUAUGUGAAAACAUUGCCACAGAACUGAGCUGGCCUUGGGUUAGCUUGGGAAUGCGGGAGAGGAAAUAUAAACAGGAUGAUUGCUAUGAGUUAAAAGGGAUAUUUGUGCAUUAUCUGAGCAUGGAGAGAUGCACUCUUAACUUCUCCAGUGAGCUUCAGGAACCUAGACAUUCAGUGGGACACCGUGCUUUAGGACAACAGAGGCGUGAAUGCAACACCGUGGGGAACCUGUUACUGCAAGCUGUGCUUCAUGUAUUUCAGGAGGUAAAAAAGGGAACAUAGAUUUCUUCACUGGCCRUGUGUUCAAAUAGGAGGGCCAUGAGAGCUGUUUGUCCCUGUAGCUUUGGACAAUGUGACUAUUGCUAUUAGCCUAACUGCCAAGGCCUCCAAAGAAAAGCAUCCAACUUCAUGUGGCCCGAGGCUUGCCUGACCUGAGACACGCCUGCAGCCAGGCUGUCUCGGGUAGAAAUAAUGAGGUGAAGCUUUCUCUCCCCUAAGGCUGUUAUAAUCACAUGGAGACAGUUGGAAACCUGUCUUGGGCUUGGGAAAAUUGGGAAAACAGCUGAUGAUAAUUAUUAAAAAAAAAAAAAUAAAGAGCAGCAGUAUUAACUUGCAUGAGACCAUGAGGUUUCAUAUUGCUCAGAAGAAUCCCUAGGCUCUGCUUGCAGUUUUUGCGUGGUAAGCGGAAAACAUGUAAUUAAAGGGACAAACAAACACUAGUGGCUUUACCAUUUGUGGUUCUUCUGCAAGAAAAGUGUUUAUUCUUGUCCUCUGUUGCAGAGUAGAUGUGAGACUUCAGUGGGGCAUUGUACAAGAAUAYUUAUGCUGCAGAAAUGGCAAACUGUACUCUCACCUGAAAUGUGAAAAAGGGAAAAAUCCUUGCCUAGUAUUUAGCCCACUUACAUGUAGGCUAGCUUUAACUUAUUGCUAAAUGCUUUCUAUUUUCCAGAUCAGGAGAUAUCAUCGUCUUUGUCAAUAGCUGAAAACUGUGGCGCUUUGAAUAGCAGCUCAGCUAUUUAAAGCAUGCUAGAAUGUGAUUUCAUUCUCAUGUCUCAGAAGAUUUUUUAACACUUUUGUGGCCCACUAAUGUGAUGUAAUACCAGCUUGUCGAAAAGUGCGUUUUUCAUUUCAGUUGUUCCUCUCAUAAAAUCGUGUGCGAGUAAAUAGCCACUCUGUUUUUCCCUAUUAAAUGUAAUAAUGAGAUAAAUUCAGUACCACAACUUACUGCUGCAGAGAAACAUUGCUGUCAUGUYGUCUAGUUUGCU